GCGGCCGGUCCCUCCGGUCCCCCGGCAGCAUCCCGGCCCCGCCAUGGCUGGCGUCGGUUUCGCGGCGCACCGCCUGGAGCUGCUCGCCUCCUACCAGGACGUGAUCGGCGAGGACAGCCCCACCGACUGGGCCCUCUACACAUAUGAAGAUGGCUCUGAUGACCUGAAGCUGGCAGCCUCAGGAGGUGGAGGUUUGCUGGAGCUGUCGGGCCACUUUGAGAUCCAGAAGGUGAUGUACGGCUUCUGCAGUGUCAAGGACCCCCAGGCUGUCCUCCCUAAAUAUGUCCUCGUCAACUGGGUGGGAGAGGAUGUGCCAGAUGCCCGCAAGUGUGCCUGCGCCAGCCAUGUGGCCAAGAUAGCAGAGUUCUUCCAGGGCGUGGAUGUCAUUGUCAAUGCCAGCAGCGUCGAGGACAUCGACCCAGGGGCCAUUGGGCAGCGUCUCUCCAAUGGGCUGGCCCGUGUCUCCAGCCCGGUGCUGCACCGUCUGCGGCUGCGGGAGGACGAGAACGCUGAGCCUGUGGGCACCACGUACCAGAAAACUGACGCCACCGUGGAGAUGAAGCGGCUCAACCGGGAGCAGUUCUGGGAACAGGCCAAGAAAGAGGAGGAACUGCGUAAGGAGGAGGAACGGAAAAAGGCCCUGGACGCCCGGCUGAGGUUUGAGCAGGAACGAAUGGAGCAGGAGCGGCUGGAGCAGGAGGAGCGGGAGCGGCGCUACCGGGAGCGGGAGGAGCAGAUUGAGGAGCACAGGAGGAAGCAGCAGAGCAUGGAGGCAGAGGAGGCCCGGCAGCGCCUGAAGGAGCAGUCCAUCUUUGGGGAUCAGCAAGAGGAGGACGACAGGCAGCAGCUCAGGAAAUCAGAGUCAGAGGUGGAGGAAGCUGCUGCCAUCAUUGCUCAGCGGCCCGACAACCCCCGGGACUUCUUCAAGCAGCAGGAGCGGGUGGCAUCGGGCAGCAGUGACGCCAUCUCGCCAGGCAGCCACAGGACAGGCAGCCAGUCAGAUGCCUACCGCAAGGCUUCAGCAGCGGGCUGCAGCCCCUGCGAGCCCAGCCCGGCCACCACACCCCUGGGCCAGCCAGCCACCCGCGCACCGGGUGUCAAGACGCCCGCAACGCCCAAAGACGCUUCCAGUCCCAGUGCCCAGGAGGCUGGGCCAGCCACCCCCGAGCAGCACUGGCCCUUCCCAGAGCCCGAGGACAAGGCCACUGAGCCGCCUAGAGAUGAGCCCAGCCCCAGGCUGGUGUGGACAGCAGGGGGUGAUGACCUGGGGGACCUGGUGACCCUGGAGCCCACUGAGCCCUCCCUGCCACCUGCAGCCACAGAGCCACAACCUGGGGGUACCCCCAACCCUGAGAGCCUCAUCGACCUUUGGCAGAGCGAUGGGGUAACCCCCAACACUGCCUGGCCCCUGCCUGCUGCCCCUGUCCCUGAGGGUCCACCAGCCAUGCUACCUGAUGAGGGACCCCUGCUGAGCCUGGACGAGCUCCCUGAGCCCCCUGCCACCUUCUGCGAUGUGGAGCAGGAGGAGGAGGUAGGCAGAGAAGAAGAUCCUCAACCCCUGGGGCUCGGCUGCCAGCAUGCCCCCCAGGAGGAUGUCCCAGGCCGAGAGACCCCCCCAAUCACCAAUGGGGAGAUGGCCCCCAAGGAUGGGACACCAGGACGUGGGGAGCAGGCCAGCGAGGGCUACUUCAGCCAGUCCCAAGAGGAGGAGGUACCCCCCCCCGAGGAGCCAUCGGCCAAAGCCCCCCAGCCUGUCUUCUACAACAAGCCCCCAGAGAUCGACAUCACAUGCUGGGACACAGACCCCCUGCCCGAGGACGAGGAGAGCUUCGGGGGGGGCCUGUAAGCCCAGGCCCUGGUACCAGCACAGGCAGCCUGCCCCGGCCAGUGUGGGGCACAAGGGGGCUGCA